AAAACAAGGGUUGUCAUAGCAAAUACUAGCAACAACACAAGUGAAUUUGUCGUUUAAUGUGAAAUAUAUUCACAGAUUAUUAUUUUUGUGUAUUAAUAAUGACUAACAAUAUUUUUAGUAAUGGCCGCAUUCAACAACAGACGAUUGUUUCGCAGCGUUUAAGAAAUGAUAAAGGAAAAAAAGCACCAGAAAUACCAGCGAUAGAGAGCAACAAUUGGUUGUUGCAUCGACAUUAUACGCGACAUGAAUACAAAACUUGUAAAAUAUUAAUUGAUCAAGAAUUAAUAAAAUCAAACGGAUAUAAUGAAUAUGCGAAUUAUUUAAAAGGUUUAAUACUAAGAAGAGAAGGAAAAAUUCAAGAUUCGUUAAACUAUUUUCAAGCUGCUUAUAACGUCAAUUCAACGAAUAUUAAUAACGUGAAGCAAAUAGCCAAAUCAUUUUUGAUAAUGGGUAAUCAUAAACGUGCAAUUGACGCGUAUUUGGAAGCUGAAAAAAUAUCGAAUAUAUCAGAUUGGGAGAUUUAUUUUAAUUUAGGCGAAUGUUACAUGAAAUUGAAUCAGAUAUAUGAAGCAAAAAAAUAUUUAAAAAGAUCGAUCGAAUUAACGAAAAAUGAACUACCUUAUAUUGCACUUGCCAGACUUUGUCUUUUCGAAAAUCAUGUUACAGAGGCACAGAACGCUUAUACAACUGCUCUUAGCGAAAAUCCUGAAAGUAUAGAAGCUGCAACUGAAUUAGGAUUGCUCUAUCUUAAAAUUGGUGAUGUUCAACGAGCAUUCCAACAAUUUGGUACUGCAAUCGCCCAUUCUCCAAAUUAUGCCAAGGCAAUUCUUCCAAUAGCUUACAUAAUCCAAAAUCACCAAGAAUAUGAUGUUGCAUUGUCGAAGUAUAAACAGGCAGCGCAAUCAAUUCCAGAAUCGUAUGCUUUAUGGAAUAAUGUCGGAAUGUGUUUUUACGGCAAGCAGAAAUUCGUUGCUGCUAUUAGUUGUUUGAAGAGAGCUCAUUAUCUCAAUUCCAUGGCUUUUUUACCCGCUUAUAAUUUGGGUAUGGUUUUUUUGACUACCGGUCAACCAGCCUCGGCCGCAAUUUAUUUGUGCGCUGCGAUUACUGCUGAUCCAAAAAAUUCAAUGCCGUAUCUUCUACUUGGAAUCGCUUUGAAACGUCUAGACGACUUGGAAGGUGCGGAGAAAGUAUUGCAAAAAGCUCAUGCUCUUUCACCGCAAGAUCCCUUUGUAUUAAUUAAUUAUGCAGUAAUAUUGGAGGCACAGGGUAAGGAGAAUAUGGCGGCCGAACUUCUGUCUGCGUUGAAUGAUAUUACGGCGGUGAUUGACGUAGAUGCGCAGAUAACACAGACGGCAAAGAAAUUGUCGAUGAAACUUCAGCAAGAAAGAGUAAACGGUAAAGAAGAGGAGGAGACGAGGGUACUUAACUCGGACGAAGUUUAAAACGGAUUAUCUUUUUCUUGAAAUCAAAGACCUUGCUCUAAAAAACUUGUUUAAUCUUUCGUGUGUAUCAAAUUUUUUCAUUAUUUUUACUUUAAAUGAGGAUAUUAUGAAUUAGCUUAUUAUAAUUCUAUAAAAGAAUAUUCCAACAAAGAUGUAAAUAACAAUGUAUACGUAAUAUUGAAAUAAUGAAAAUGGAAAUAAAGAAAUAUAAAUUAAAAAGAACGGGCAGAAACCAAGAAAUUAAAGGUA